AUGGUAGCCCCAAGGAACACUGCUUACGCAGAGGAGAGCGCAGAGGUGGAGGUUCUAUAUGCCAAUCUUGAGAAGCUUAAAGUUCUUACCAAGAAAAUCCAAGGUUCCCUUGUUCGCCUUGAGACUGGAGGGAACGUCGUGAAACAUGCCAUUGGGCCCAUCUACAGUAAUACCCAAUCGCUUCAAAUCACCAACCAUAACAUUGAUAAGGUCAACGACGCUAUUGACCGUCUGCGCCAACCUCUCGACGCAAAGAGUCGGGAGGAAGGCAUCAUCCGUUCUGGGCCGCAAAACGUUGAGUUGUCGCAAUAUCUUGCAGCAAUAAAACGUGUAGAAAAGGCCCUCGUCGACCUAAACUCUACAAACUUGAGAUCGAACCAGAAAGCUAUUUCUGACUUCAAUUCUUUGCUGAGUACCGGGACUGCUCGACUUCAGGACUUGCUACGAAGCAAGCUAAGCGACGACGUCAGUCCUAUUGAGCCUUUGCAUUAUUUAACGAAAGAACUGCCGUUUCCUUCGAUUCCGGAAGAAACUGUUACCGAGUUGGGACCUAUAUGUGCCGCAAUCAACUCCGCAGCAAUCCACGGCCCACAACAUGGCGAUGGCGGAAAUCCUGCCCUUAAAAUAUAUGCUGCUGUCCGGGCACCGUAUAUUACCUCAAGCCUGCAAAAUCUUGCCAUUGCAUCGCUGAAUACUGUUAAGAGGCGAGCUGAUGAUGGCCCAUACAAACAAGGCACCAAUGGAAUUGGCAUUUAUUCGAAUGCUUUGGAGAACUUCAUAUACGCUGAGCACGAUAUCAUCUCAAGAAUCUUUACUGGGGAUCAGCGGGGGUUGGCUCUACAAGCGACUUGUCAGUCAGCUCUGGCUGAAUUUUCGAAGACCCUGCGUGAGCUCAAUCAAUAUAUCAAGGCGAAUCUCAUGACAGACUGCUUUUUAGCCUUUGAGAUCAUUGAGAUUGUUACAGCGUUGUCUUAUCGUGUUGAUUCAAAAACAGGGGAGCUCAAGAGCAUGUUCAUUGAGGCUCUUAGGCCUAUCCGCGAAACCGCAAAGUCAUCCCUCUCAGAAUUGCUCGAAGAGACGAAACGAAAAGCUGCAUCUAUCCAGGUUCUUCCACCAGAUGGCGGUUCUGUGCCUCUUGUCAACGAAGUCAUGAGUUCUUUGGUCACGUUGACGGCUUAUUCCGGACCGCUGGCAUCUAUUUUAACUUCCUUAGGAGAUGGAAACUGGCGCUCUACUUCUAAUACGUCGGGUGCUGCUCCUUUAGAUGUCAGCCCAGAUAGUUCAACACUUCUAUCCCACUUCAUUCUCGACAUGAUUGAAGCUCUUAUGAUUGCCCUGGAGUCGCGGGGCCGCGCAUUCCAUCGCACGAAAGCUGUCCAGGGCGUCUUCCUCUCGAAUGUGUUUUGUAACGUUGACCGCGCUAUUCGCUCGAAUGCCGAACUAGCACGAUACCUCGGCUCUCCCGACAGUAUCGCACGGAUAGAUACCUUUCGCAAGCGCGCCACUUCGACCUAUUUGGAUUCUUGGAAGGAGACUUCGCAGUAUCUGCUUGAUGUGCAAUACACAUCUCGGGGUGCCGGUGCGUCAACUAGGCCAACGUCUGGAGGCAUUGUUGAUUCGAGCGCCAUAGUCAAAUCUCUUUCAUCCAAAGAUAAAGACGCAAUUAAGGAUAAGUUCAAGUCGUUCAAUACAAGUUUCGAUGAUCUGGUUUCUCGUCACAAGGCUCUGUAUAUGGAGCGAGAAGUGCGAGGUGUCCUGUCUCGUGAGGUGCAGACUGUCCUGGAGCCCUUGUAUGCGCGUUUCUGGGACCGCUACCAUGAAAUCGAUAAAGGAAGAGGCAAGUACGUCAAGUAUGAUAAGGGGAGCCUUUCUGCGCAGCUAGCAGCUUUGGGAUAA